UUUUUUUUUUUUUUUUUUUUUUUAUAUUAUUAAUGAGAGAAGACCAGAAAUUAUUAAAUUUCCAAACUCUGUGUUCCCUUUCGUGGACUAGGAUUUGUUUAUAAAAGAGAUCUCUAAUUUCAGAGAGAUUGACUAGACCAAGAAGACCAAGAACAAGAACCAGAAGAAGAAGAGUGUAGAUAAGAAUGUGGUGGUGGUGUUCUUCAACUAAAGGUCGUUCGAAUCUUGAGAGGUUUCUUUUAGGAAUCACUCCUAAGCCUCCUUCCUUCUCUCUUCCUCAGGAACAUGGAAAGGAUGAGGUUGAGUAUUUCAGACUUGGUGAUCUUUGGGACUGUUACGAUGAGCUGAGUGCAUAUGGCUUUGGAUCGCAGGUCGAGUUAAACAAUGGUGACACUGUUAUGCAGUACUAUGUCCCGUAUCUAUCAGCCAUCCAAAUCCACACUAACAAACCCGGCUUGAUUUCCAGGAACCAGAGUGAGGUGGUUGAAUCUGAGAGUAGCGAGUGUUGGAGCGAUAGUGAGAGUGAAAAGUUGCUGUCAAGGUCAAUGAGCAAUGAUUCGAGCAAAACAUGGGAUGCUGUCUCUGAAGAUUCGGUUUCUGAUCCGGAUGCUACACUACUGCUGAAAGAUAGACUUGGUUACCUUGACUUUAAGCACAUCGAAAGAGAUCCUCCCUACAAGCGGGUUCCCUUAACCGACAAGAUAAUUGAACUGGCGGAGAAGUAUCCUGGACUCAUAACCUUAAGGAGUGUCGAUAUGUCUCCUGCAAGUUGGAUGGCUGUUGCGUGGUACCCUAUAUAUCACAUCCCAGCAUGCAAGACUGAGAAAGAUUUGACGACAGGCUUCCUAACUUAUCACACUCUUUCUUCGACUUUUCAAGAUGCAGAUAAUGUGGUGGAAGGAGAUCAAAGCAACAACAAAGACCAGGAAGAAACAGAAGAGUGUGAUGAAGAAUCUGUUGUCAACAAGAGAAUCCCAUUGCCUCCAUUUGCUUUAGCUAGUUACAAAAUGCAAGGUGAUCUUUGGAGUAAGACAGGAUUUGACCAAGACCGGUUGAAUUAUCUUCAAAAGGCUGCAGAUUCAUGGCUCAAACAGCUCAAUGUUGAACACCAUGACUAUAACUUUUUCAUAAACUCGAGCUUCUAAAGGUCUUCUUAGCUCGUAUGUUUAUCGUUUCUCCCAAAAAAAGAAAAAAAAAAACAACCGUAACCUCUGAACAUUUCUUUCUUGUUUCAAGCUCCUAUCCUCUCUCUCCUUCUCUGUGUUUCUUCUGUUCCUUUUUGUUUUUUCUUUUGUCUGGCCCGUUGUGUUGUUUUAGGUAGCAACCGCCAUCGCGGAGCUUUUCCUCCUGUUGCAAGCCAAUCAUGGAAGUAUCUAAGAAAGAAAACAGAGUUUUUUUUUUUUCCUUUUUACUUUUGUUUUUGGGUUUUUACAGUGAUGAGAAAACAAGAAAAGUUGGUUUUCUUGGGUGAGACGAUGUAAAUGGUUUUGUGAACAGAGUAUUUUGUUUUGUACUUUUCUGUCUAAAUAUAUAAAAAUCUUUUUUUUUU